GGCCUUUUCUCUGAUUGGUGGAUUUCUGCUUUUUCUCUUCUGCCAGACUCCUCGAUGGCGGCGAUCGGUGUGCAUUUAGGUUGCACAUGUGCCUGUGUGGCAGUGUAUAAGGAUGGACGUGCUGAUGUGGUGGCCAAUGAUGCCGGGGACAGAGUCACCCCAGCUGUUGUUGGAUUUUUGGAAAAAGAAACCAUCGUGGGCCUGGCCGCAAAACAAAGCAGAGUUCGAAAUGCAACAAACACUAUCGUUAAAGUAAAGCAGAUUCUGGGAAGAAGUUAUGGUGAUCCCCACACUCAGAAGCACAUCUCUGAAAGUAAAUGCAUAGUUGUGGAAAAAGUGGGAAAGCCCAAGUAUGAAAUUGAUACAGGAGAAACCCAGAAAUUUGUUUCGUCAGAGGAUGUUGCAAAGUUAAUAUUCAGCAAAAUGAAAGAAACGGCACAGUCAGCAUUGGGUUCAGAUGUAAAUGAUGUCGUCAUUACUGUCCCCUUUGACUUUGGAGAGAGCCAAAAAAAGGCUCUUGGCGAAGCAGCAACAGCUGCUGGAUUUAGCAUACUGCGCAUGAUUCACGAGCCUUCUGCCGCUUUAUUGGCGUAUGGAAUUGGGCAGGAAUCUCCUACUGGUAAAAGCAAUGUUUUGGUGUACAAACUGGGUGGAACCUCGCUGUCUGUCACUGUGAUAGAAGUUAACAGUGGUAUAUAUCGUGUCCUAGCUACAAGCACUUAUGAUGACAUUGGAGGCAUAUGCUUUACAGAAGCUCUGGCACAACAUUUAGCAUCUGAAUUUCAAAGGACCUACAAACAGGACAUCAGAGGCAAUGCCCGUGCCAUGAUGAAGCUGAUGAAUAGUGCUGACGUCGCAAAACAUGCCCUGUCCACUUUGGGAAGCUCAAACUGUUUUGUGGAUUCACUUUAUGAUGGCAUUGAUUUUGAUUGCAAUGUUUCUAGGGCUCGGUUCGAACUUAUUUGCUCUUCACUUUUUAACCAGUGCAUUGACCCAAUUAAAAAACUACUGGAACAGAUUGGAUUCAAAGCUAAUGAUGUGAAUCAAGUAGUACUGUGUGGAGGAUCAGCUCGCAUACCAAAACUCCAACAACUAAUUAAAGACCUAUUUCCAGAGGUGGAAAUGCUUAGCAGUAUACCUCCAGAUGAAGUCAUUCCUGUUGGAGCUGCCAUACAAGCUGGCAUUCUGAUAGGCAAAGAGAACUUAUCCACAGAUUUGGACACCAUCACCAUAGAAUGCUCAGCCAGUGAUAUAUUAGUAAAGGAAACAGAUGAAUCUGGGGAUAACAAGUUCACAGUCUUGUUACCAUCUGGCACCCCAUUGCCUGCUCGAAGGCAGCAUGUGCUACAGGCCCCAGGCCACAUUUCUUCUGUGUGCCUGGAACUGUAUGAAUCGGGUGGAAAAUCUCCUGUAUCUGAAGAAUCCAAAUUUGCACAGAUUGUUCUCAAGGAUUUACAAAAGAAAGCAAGUGGUGUUCAUGACAUAUUAACAGUGCUGACAAUGAAAAGGGAUGGAUCAUUACACAUAACUUGUACUGACAAAGACUCUGGCAAGUCAGAAAUGAUAACUGUUGAAGAGACUCCUUAGGGGUUUCAAGUGACUGUUUACUCACCAUGGCCAGUUUCAGCAAUCCUCUUACCAGAGGGGUAUGAAAAUGAAUUUUUGUCUUUAGUGCCACCCUGUAUGAUGAAAUGAACUGAAUAUUUUGUAUUUAAGGACAAUUUUUUCUGAAGUUAUAUAGGUACCACGUAAAUGACAUUCUUUUUCAAGGAUUAUUUUGUUUUUGCUAACAGUAAAACAAAUCGCAUUUCAGAGAACGGCCGCGAUAAUCGGAUUUACUUUGCUGCUAUGAGAUGUUCAAACAACAUAUUAUUGGCUAUUCCGGUAGAAAUUGUCAAAUGCCUAAAAUGGAUUUUAUCAGAUCAGCUACCCCAAAGCUGUGACUUGUGUGAUUCUUGUACUCAUUGCAAGUGUUAAACAUUGUCAUGCUUGCUACCAGCAGUCUGUGUGUGUGUGCAUGGAUGCAUUCUAAAAUAUUCCAAACUGUUAAAAUAAGUGAAAACCAUACCUGAAGUGCAAAUAAAAAUAUUUAACUGCUUCC